ACUCACAACAAUUAAAAACAUGAAUGCUCCUUAUCUAGUGGAGGAAAGUUCUCUUGUACAAUUGGCUCCAAAUUUAGAAAAUUUAGUAAAAUCACUUCCUAAUAAUGCGACACAAAAUGAUUAUCUAAUUACUGUUGUCAUUGUUGUUUUGGCAGAAACAGGAUUUUUUAUUCCUUCUGAUAAUGAUCAAGAAAGAUGUAGCAUCAAAUCUCUUAGGAUUCCACAAAAUUGGAAAUCUGUUGAUGGAAUAUAUCGAAUCACAUUUCAAUAUAAUAUUGGAAGAGAUUUUACUUGUAAAUUAGUAGCAAUUCCAAUAGGCGAUAAAGUAAUUUUAAAUUUUUCCUCACAAUCUCUUCGUUGUUUAGUAUCGCAAACUUUAAAAUAUAUUAAUCCUCAUUCGAGUGAAAUUAGUGGAAAAUUUUGGAAUUUAAAAGAAUUUUCUUUCAGAUUAAAAAAUGAAGUACUAACGCCAUUACGUGUGGAACUUCUUACUACAUUUGGUCUUCCAAGUCCAAGUCUUUUUGGACUUCCAGAAGAAGUAAAAGUUUACAUUUUACGAAUGCUGGACUCCAAGAGUAAACGAAAUUUGUUUCUUUGUUGUCCACAUUUUUCUGAUAUUUCUUCAAGAAGAAGAUAAUAAAAUUUGUAGAUUAUUGUAUGUAUAUAAAAAAUGUUUAUACAAUUUUAUACAUACUAUGUGCUACGUUUUAAUUUAUAAAUUACUUUUUAUUUUGAUAUAAUAAUAAUUUUAAUUUUCAUACACUAAGAACUUCGACCAAAAAUAUAAACCUUAUUUUAUAUAAACAUUUCUAUAAUAAAUAUUUAUUUUUUCUUA